CAGAAUGUUGUUGCAGAGAAAAGUGUAGAUUUGUUUUGAAAAAAGAAAAAUUUAUGACGGCCUGAUAUAUAUUGCUUUCAGGUUGUGAGGCUUGAAGUGGAUAAGACUGCUAUUUUCAUCAUAACUGUGAGCUAUGAAGCCCUUCUACUUUGAUCCUCAUCUCAUUGCCCUGAUUUCUCAUUUGAUUUUUGUGGGCUUAUUCAUUCUCGAUAGAAUUAUAGCUCUCGUUAGAUUUUUCUGUUGCAUUAAAUCAUUUAACUCGGUAUCAAUGAAUGGACACCCAGAAGGAGAUGAAAAAUCUACCAGCAAAAUACAAUGUGGGUACUUGUACAAAUUAACUUUGGGCUGCUGCUUGGUCCUUUUCAUGGCUUAUGCUCUGGCUGGAUUAUGGUGUUCACUGCAUGACUUGGAUGUAAAAGGUAGCUUGUUUUUCAUGGGAGCAGAUAUUUUCAUUGCCCAAGCAGUUGCAUGGCUGCUUGUGAGUCUGUGUGUCAUGGCUUAUCCAGAAGAAACAACAGAAAACAAGUUAUCAAUCUUAUUAAGGCUCUGGUGGACUUUUUCAUUCUUAUUCCAUGCUGCUAUUCUAUUCAUGGACAUAAUUUUCAUGGGAGAAAAAAAUAAAAAUUUUCCUUACAAGGUCUGUGUGGAUUGCGUACCUAUUCCCAUCUGCACAUUUCUGUUAUAUAUUGCAUUUAGAGGCAGACUAAGUAGCACUACUGUAUCUCAUCAUUCUGCAGCAGAACUUGAGCAACCACUCCUACAUAAGACUGCAACUAAAAUCAAUCAUUUGAGUCCAUUUUCUACAGCCAGUAUUUGGAGCCUAAUGACAUUCAGUUGGCUCAACCCUCUGUUUUCUGUGGGAUACAAGAAACCUCUGGAGCUUGAGGAUGUCCCAAAAGUUGUAGGUAAGGAUAGUUCCCAAGAAGCAUACAUGGCUCUUCAGACAAACUGGUGUACUAACAAAAAAGUGGGAACAAAAGAUAUUGAAUCCCCAUCAAUGGCAAAGAUCAUUUUGUUGUCUGUGUGGAAAGGAAUAGUUAUCAAUGCCAUGUAUGCAGCUGCAUAUACUUUUGCAACGUACAUUGGUCCAUACCUGAUAGACAUGCUUGUAGAGUAUCUGGGAGGGGCAGAGCAUUUUGCCCAUGAAGGCUAUGUGCUGGCUUCUGCAUUUUUUGGUGCAAAGAUGGUAGAGUCUCUAGCGCAGAGGCAAUGGUAUUUUGGAGCUCAACAGCUUGGAUUAAGAGUCAGGUCAGGCCUGACAGCUCUACUAUAUAGGAAAGGUCUGUUCCUUUCCAACGGGUCUAGACAGAACCACACAAGUGGUGAAAUCAUCAAUUAUAUGAAUGUGGAUGUGGAAAGGAUUGGAAACUUUGCUUCGUACAUGCAUGAUAUCUGGCUUUUGCCUGUGCAAGUUUUUCUUGCAUUGGUAAUUCUAUACAACAGCUUGGGCUUAUCCUGCAUUGCAGGGCUGGCCGCCAUAGUUGCAGUAAUGGUUGGGAAUAUCCCUUUUGCUAAAUUACAAGACGAGUAUCAAGACAAGCUAAUGGAAGCAAAAGAUAAACGCAUGAGGGCUACCUCUGAGACCUUAAAGAAUAUGAGGACACUAAAACUACAAGCCUGGGAGAUUAAGUAUCUACAUAGGCUUCAAGAUUUGAGAGGGGUGGAGCAGGGGUGGCUACAAAAGUAUCUGUAUGCAUCUGCUGCAGUGACUUUUCUCUACUGGGCGGCACCAACCUUUGUGUCUGUUGCCACCUUUGGUUCAUGUGUUUUAAUGGGGAUCCCUCUAACAGCAGGUAGAGUUCUUUCUGCUUUAGCAACUUUCAGGAUACUUCAGACGCCUAUCUAUAAUUUCCCCGAGUUGAUUUCUAUGCUUGCUCAAACCAAGGUGUCACUAGACAGAAUUGCCAGAUUUUUGCAGGAGGAAGAGCUUCAAUCCAAUGCAUUAGAAAACGUAUCCAAAGAUUUUUCGAUUGACAUAGCUAUCGAGAUAAAAGAUGCGGAGUUUUCAUGGGAUCGCUCUUCAAACAAAUCAACAUUAAGAGGGAUCAAUUUGCAUUUAAAACAUGGAAUGAAAGUUGCAGUCUGUGGGUCGGUUGGUUCAGGAAAAUCAAGUCUUUUGUCCGGUAUUUUGGGCGAAGUACCCAAGCUAGCAGGGACUGUAAAGGUCAGUGGUACCAAAGCUUAUGUUCCGCAGUCUCCAUGGAUUCAAACUGGAAAAAUUGAAGACAAUAUCCUUUUUGGAAACAGUAUGGAUAGAACCAAGUACGAGAAGGUCCUCGAAGCCUGUGCUUUGAAGAGGGAUCUGGAAUUCUUUUCUCAUGGGGAUCAGACAGAGAUUGGAGAAAGGGGAAUCAAUUUGAGUGGUGGACAAAAGCAAAGAAUACAGCUUGCUCGUUCAAUGUACCAAGAUGCAGAUAUCUAUCUUCUUGAUGAUCCUUUUAGUGCUUUGGAUGCACAUACAGGGACACAGCUCUUUAAUGAGUGUCUACAUGGAAUUUUGAAGUCGAAAACUAUUGUGUAUGUCACACACCAAGUGGAAUUCUUACCAGCAUCAGACCUUAUACUGGUGAUGCAUGAUGGAGAGAUUGUUCAAGUUGGAAGCUAUGAUGAUCUCCUACAGAGUGGCACAGAUUUUUUAGAGCUUGUCGGUGCACACCAUCAAGCUUUGCAUACUAUUGGAGAAGCAGAGAAAGGUAGAGUGGUAAUUCAACAAGAAGAUGUUAGAAAAAGAUUCUGCAAUGCCCUAGAAAACGAACUUGAAGAAGUGCAUCAAAAUGAAGCUACAAGAGAUCAAGCACAAAAAAACAAGGAUGAUAAUUUACUACAGAUUGUACAGGAAGAAGAACGAGAAACGGGAAGGGUAAAAUUAAAAACCUACUCUGCAUUCAUAACUGCAGCAUAUAAGGGUGCCUUAAUUCCUAUUAUAUUGGCAGCCCAAAUUCUGUUCCAAACUUUACAAAUCGGUAGCAACUACUGGAUGGCUUGGGCGACACCUCCAGUAGAAAAUCAAAAGCCCACAGUCAGUAGCACAGUUCUCAUCCUCAUUUAUUUAGUACUUGCGAUUGCAAGUUCUAUAUGUGUAUUGGUAAGAUCUUUGUUUCUAGCAACUGCUGCACUUGAAGCUUCACGGAGGCUUUUCACAAACAUGCUUACAUGUAUCUUCCAUGCGCCCAUGUCAUUUUUUGAUUCAACCCCAACAGGACGCAUCUUGAGUCGGGCAUCAUCGGACCAGAGUACUGUAGACACAGAUAUCCCUUACAGGCUUGGAGGCUUAGCCUUCGCAGUUAUUCAGCUUUUUGGCAUCAUAAUUGUCAUGUCUCAGGUUGCUUGGCAAAUCUUUGUUGUUCUUAUACCUGUCAUCAUAAUUUGCAUCUGGUAUCAACAUUACUAUAUUGCCUCUGCAAGGGAGCUGGCUAGAUUGGUGAGUAUUAGAAAGGCUCCCAUCAUACACCAUUUUGCUGAGUCAAUCUCAGGAGCAGCCAUAAUUAGAAGCUUCAAUCAGGAGACUCGCUUCAUAAAGACUAAUCUCUGCCUGAUUGAUGACUAUUCACGGCCUUCGUUUCACAAUGAUGCAGCAAUGGAAUGGCUUUGUCUUCGGCUAAAUUUUCUCUCUAAUCUUGUAUUUUUGCUCUCAUUGACAUUCCUAGUAAGCUUGCCAAAGGGUACAAUCGAUCCAAGUCUUGCUGGCUUGGCAGUAACAUAUGGAUUGAAUUUGAACAUAGUUCAAGCUUGGGUCAUAUGGAACCUUUGUAAUGUGGAAAACAAAAUGAUUUCUGUGGAGAGAAUACUGCAAUAUUCAAAUAUAUCAAGUGAAGCUCCAUUAGUGAUAGAGUCUUCAAGGCCAAGUCAUGACUGGCCAUCGAUGGGCACUAUAGUCCUUCAAAACUUACAGGUUCGCUAUGCAGCUCACUUACCAUUUGUAUUGAAAGGCAUUACAUGUGAAUUUCCUGGAGGGAUGAAGAUCGGCAUAGUUGGAAGGACUGGCAGUGGCAAAUCUACACUUCUUCAAGCACUGUUUCGUAUCAUAGAACCCACAGGAGGAAGAAUUCUUAUUGAUGGUGUGGACAUCUCAACGAUUGGACUGCAUGAUUUAAGGUCUAAAUUGAGCAUUAUUCCACAAGAUCCCACACUUUUUGAGGGAACAAUAAGGAGCAAUUUAGACCCACUUGAAGAACAUUCCGACACUGAAAUUUGGGAGGCUCUGGACAAAUCUCAGCUAGGAGAACUUGUGCGGUCUAGCAAACAUAAACUUGAUACAUUGGUGACAGAAAAUGGAGAGAAUUGGAGUUUGGGACAGCGUCAGUUAGUUUGUUUAGGACGUGCCCUGUUAAAGCAAAGCCGUAUAUUAGUCCUAGAUGAGGCUACAGCCUCAGUGGAUACUGCAACUGAUAACCUUAUCCAACGAACAUUACGAUCAGUGCCAUAUGGGUGCACAGUGAUCACUAUUGCUCAUAGAAUUCCAACAGUUAUAGACAGUGAUCAGGUGUUGGUACUCAGUGAGGGAAAAAUUACUGAAUAUGACUCCCCUGCUAAGCUUCUUGAAGAUCAAAGUUCAUCUUUUGCAAAGCUUGUAUCAGAAUUCUCCUCCAGAUCGAACAAAGUGACAACCCUUACCUCUCCUUGAUUUGAAUCAAGUUGAUUCAGGAUACUCUUUGAACAUGGUAGAAGCAAAAAGGGACUGCCACAGGGACAGUGCAGUGUUGUUUAGAUAACAGUAAUACCGUCUACAUGCAAUGGAAGCAGAGUAAGCCUACUUAUAGAGGACUAAUUGACUUGUUGAGUAAGCAAGUCACCUGGGCAUAUAUAGAUCUUCAUGAUGCUGCCAUAAAUGGCAAACAAACAUAAGAGGUGUUUGACAACAACUUUUCUUCUCUCUGUAAAAUCCGUUGCCUGUACUUAAUUGUAUGUUUCACUACAUUUCUGAAGAAUAUUUAAGUGUAGUCAACUUGGGCCACUCACUGUACUUGAAAAUCUUUUUGCUGGAAAAGAGGAGAUUUCCAAAAGGUCCUUUGGUCAGUUUGAAGUUGUACGAGAAAAUGAUUCUAACAUAUAGUUAAGGGUUAAGAAAAGUGAUUCCUAUGAGGCAUGUAUUCAGUUAUACGAACUGCAUUAAAUCCUUGAAAUGGCCACUUUACCAACCCCUUGAAGUGGUUACUUCACUGGUGAGAAAGAUAAAUACCAAUUGACAUCAAUAGAAGACAAGUUCAAAUGAGAAAAAUACAGGAUUUAUAAGUCAUUCUAUACUAUUCGAUCUGCUGUGUUCUACCGUCUGAA